CUGCAUUUCGAGGGGGGCGUCGUCACAGGCUCAUGGCUACACGCUGCACAGCGAGCAUGAAGUGGACUGUUAAUAAUCCCUGAAUAAUAUUCCAGUUGUUGUCCCGUGUGCUAGCCGUGUGAGAGUGUGCAGUCAGACAGCAUGGGCACGGAGGACGACGCCGCUCUGCUCUUUCUAAUCUUCCAGCACCUGAAGGUUAACGGCUACCGGAAAGCUGCUAAGGUGCUGGAAAAACACGUUGCUCAGGUGGAGACACCCGAGGAGAGCUCCAACCUACAUGAUAUCUACACAGGCUGGAUGAAGCUGUGCUCUCUAGCCCAGCAUGCCAAGCAGGAGACAGAAGACCCUGCUUUAAAGAAGAAGAGCAUUAAACCAGAACCUGCCACCAGCGAGGAAGAGGAAGGCGCAGACACUAAACCCUCCAACAUCCCAGAGGAAAACAACGUGGAUGCAAAACCUCCACUUGAGUCCAAGACAGAUGGUGCUGAGUCAUCCGACACAGAGCCCCCCUGUGAGGGGAGAGAUGCUGAGUCGGUCUCUGAGCAGCUGCUGCAUCCUGCAGCUGAAACCAAAGCAACCGACUCAGACAGUGAAGAAAAGAGAGAGGAGGAGACCAAAGCAGAGCCAGAGCCAGCUCCUGUUGACGUGUCUGCUGAGGCAGCUAACAAGGCAGAGAGUUCCAGCUCGGACUUUGAGGAGGAGGUUGGCCCUGGCCCGGUCGAGCCCAGACAAGCUGCCUCUGAUCGGGCUUGGGAUGGGCUCCCGGCCCCGGAUCCAGCCGCUGAGAGCAGCGCAGAGCAUAAAGAGGACGACGAUGAGCUGAAGCAGGAGACUGAAGCAGCCCCAGGUGAAACCUCUGCAGCUGAACAGACAGCCGCCAGUCAAACCGAGGCCUCAGAGGAUGAAGACAGCGCUGUAAAGGAGCCCGGCCAGGCCGAGCCCGGCACGGCUGACCUGACACCUCAGGAGACCAAUGACCAGCAGACAGAGAGGGAAGCCCCGCCCCCCGCAGACCCUGAUUCUGAAAAUCCUGAUGAAGAGGAGGAAAAUGAGGAGAAAUCUAAGAGCACAGAGGGCAGUGACCUAACCCCCCCGCUGAAGCCUGAAGACCAGACUGAGACAUCACCACCCCCCCCAGAGGACCCCAUCUCUAACACUGCAGAAGAGCAACUAGACCCAGAAGUCAACAUCAUCCUCAACAUCGAAGUCAGCGACAGCGAGGCGGCCGAGCCAGAAACUGUCCAACCGCUCCCUGAGGAGGCGACGGAGUCCGGACAAGAACCCCCAACUCCCAAGAAGAGGAAGAAGAAAAACAAGAGCAAAAAGGAUGUAGAGACGCCAACUGCAGAUCCCCCGAGCACAGACUCAUCGACCGCAGAUACGUCCAGCGAUACUACUCUGAUCACCAAGACUGGCAAAAAGAAAAAGAGAGCGGAGGAGGUGGUGGCAGAGGAAGAGACGGAUCAGAAGCAAGAGGAGGAGGAGGACAUGUCUCAGGCCACUUCACCAGAGAAGAAGAAGAAGAAGGCUAAGAAAAGGAAAAGGGAGCCGAAAGAAGUGGAAGAGAACGAUGAGGGGGCUCCCGUCACUCCUUCAGACAAGAAGAUCAAAAAGAGAAAGGUGAAAGAUGUAGAAGAGGAGCAGAGCGAGGCAGCGGGAGUGGAGGAUGAGGAGAGUCUCGUGAGUCCGGCAACAGAUGAGAAGAAGAAGAAGAAGAAAAAGAGGAAAAAAGAGGGCAGACAAGAGGGCGAGGAGGUGCAGUCUGAUGAGAGAACAGCAGGGGGAGACGGAGACACAGCAAAGCAUCUGGAGGCCACAGACGGCGACUCCUCUCAGCUCUCCUCGGCCAAAAAGAAACACCGCCCCAAGAAGAGACUGAGCCUGGCGAAGAGGCUGAGGCGCCACAGGCAGGAGGAGACGGCCAUGAUGAAUCAGAAGUGGAAGGAGAAGAAGAUCGCCAAGAAACUAAAACGGAUGAAAGGGGCGGCGGAGGAGACCCCUGAUGCUGCUCAGCAGGAUGAUGACACACCAAAGAAGAAGAAAAUGAACACGGAACAAGAAGAGAACUCCUCAAAGGAAAACCAGCCACCAAAGAAGAAAAAGAAGAGAUUAGUGGAGGUGGAGGAGGAGGAUGAAGGCAGCACUGUGCCUGCUGAGCCUCCUGAAGUCGACUGGUCUCCACUUUCAAAGGAGAUCAAGAAGAAGAAGAAGAAGAAGAAAAAGAUGGAGGCGGGAGAAGGCGAGGAGACGGCUCCCGUGCCCGUCGCUGUGAGCCAGGACGGACCGGCCAAGAAAAAGAAGAAGAACAGAUUAAAGGAGAAACUGGAAGAGACGGAACCAGCUGCAGACCAACAAGCUACUUCUACAAAAAAGAAAUCCUCCAAAAAGUCGAUCAUCUCUGAUUAAAUGUGGUGUUUUCUGAUCAGACGUCAGUGAAGAGUGAUUGGAUCUUGGACCUAAAAGCCUCCCCCCCCCCAAAAGGACAAUCUGCAUCGUGUUCGUGCCUUUACUCUGGAGCGUCUGCCUGGGAUCAACAUCAGUGUCUUUAGCUGUAAAACUGUGAAAACAAUACAACAACUAAUAUUAUCAAAGAAGGCAAUUGUUUGCAAUCUUCCCAUACUAGUGCAAAUGCUAAACAAGACUUAUUUUUUAAAUGUUUUCUGUUUUGAUGGGUACUGUAGAUGAGUUU